ACAUUUUUGUUUUAUGUUUUUUUCUCUGUGUUUUGGUGCCUUUUGUUGAAAGUGGUAUUUUCUGUAAAUUUUAUUAUUUCAAUUAGUUUUAUUAUUACCCCCUGAUACUGUAAAUAUUGUAUUGUAGUGAUAUACCACUUAGAUAGUCAAAGAUGGCCGAUCCUGGUAAGGGUCGGGGGCGCGGGCUGGCACUACUGCUGGCCCUGCAGAAGUCACAGAAGGCGGAGAACCCUCCCCCCGGCUCGGAGCCCUCACCGGAGCCGUCGCCGCCCACCACCGCAGUACCCAGUGUGGUCAGCACAGCAAAUCCUCCAGUCAUUGGUGGGCGAGGAAAAUUUGCCAUGAUGAUGAUGCAGAAGCCUGGAGGCCCAUCUGCAGGUCCUACUUUUGGUCCAGCAUCAGAUGUGAGUCCGUCUGUGCCUCCAGGGCAAAUGAAAGGGGCUGGCCGAGGUCUUAAGUUGUUGCAGAACUUAAAGCAAACUAAAGCGGUCCAGUCCCCUGCGGCCAGCGAAGUGACGUCGGCCUCACAACAAAUGUCGGCCGUCACCCAACAGCUGUCUGAGACUACGCUGACCACCCAGACAGGCAUGACCGGGAAGAACAAGUUCUUUAGGGAAGUGAAAUCGUCUGCUCCUGUGGUAAAGAAGGGUACAUUCGGCACACCGUGUGAAGUGACUGCCAACUUCAUAUACCUGAACUUUGAGGAGAACAAUGUAUUUGAGUAUGAAGUCAAGUACGAGCCAGAGCAGGAUUACAAGAAUCUUCGCUUUAAACUUCUGAAUGAGCACCGCGAACUCUUCAAGGAGAAGACAUUUGACGGUACCACGUUGUACCUGCCGCACGGGCUGCCCGCGCCCGUCACCGAGCUCGUCUCCACCAACCCCUUCGACAACAGCAAAGUCAAAGUUACCAUAAUAUUCCGAAGGAACCGCAAGCUGAGCGAGAUGAUCCACAUAUACAACGUGCUGUUCAAGCAGAUAAUGAAGGACCUUCAGCUGGUGCGGUUCGGUAGACAGCACUUCAACGAGCACGCCGCCAUACAGAUACCUCAGCAUAAGCUGGAGGUCUGGCCCGGAUACGUAACAGCAGUAGACGAGUACGAGGGCGGUCUGAUGUUAACCCUAGACUCGACUCACCGCGUGCUGAGAACUCAGUCCGUGCUGAGCCUCAUUCAGGAAGAGGUGCAAAGGAACGGAGCUGACUGGAAGAAAUCCGUCUCCGAGAUAUUGAUCGGCUGCUCGGUGAUGACCACUUAUAAUAAGAAACUGUUUCGUGUGGACAGCAUAGACGACUCGCUGACGCCGCGAUCCACGUUCGUGAAGACGCAGGACGGGCAGGAGGUGAAGGUUUCCUUCGUCGACUACUACAAGAAGAACUACGGGAUUGACAUCAUGGAUAUGGACCAGCCCAUGCUUAUAUCCAGGGACACCAAGCGCAUGCCCGGCUCGGAGAAGCCCACAGACUUCAUGAUCUGUCUCGUGCCGGAGCUGUGCCAGAUGACCGGCCUCACGGACAACCAGCGCAGCAACUUCCGCCUCAUGAAGGACGUCGCUACUUACACUAGGAUCACGCCGAACCAGCGUCAUGCGGCGUUCAAACAGUACAUCAAAAACGUCCUCGCAAACGACACAGCCAAGAGCCGCCUGGCUGGCUGGGGCCUCAGCCUGGCUCCGGACACGGUGAACCUGACCGCCCGGACGCUGCCACCAGAACAACUCAUGUUCGGCAACAACGUCAAGUUGCCCGGCAAGCCCAAUGCGGACUGGAACGGGGAUGUGACUAAGUAUCCGGUCAUGCAAGCUGUGGAUAUAAUGAGAUGGGUGAUUUUGUAUACGAAGAAGGACCAGCAGGUUGCUAAUGACUUCCUCGACACGAUAAUGCGGUGCAGCCGUCCGAUGGGCGUGAACAUCACGAAGCCGGACAUGAUCCUGCUACCCACGGACCGCACGGACUCUUACGUCACUGCGCUGAAGAAAGUCUUCACUACGGGCCUUCAGCUGGUGGUCGCGAUAUGCCCGACGGCGAGGGAUGAUCGGUACUCGGCCAUCAAGAAGAUAUGCUGUGCUGAUAAUCCGGUGCCAUCUCAGGUAAUCAACGCGCGAACCCUCAUGAACCAGCAGAAGGUCCGCUCCAUAACGCAGAAGAUCCUGCUGCAGAUCAACUGCAAGCUCGGCGGCACGCUGUGGGCCGUGUCCAUGCCGUACAAGACCGCCAUGAUCAUUGGUAUAGACUCGUACCAUGAUGCUAGCAGGAAGAAGAGCAGUGUUUGCGCGUUCAUAGCGUCGUACAACCGCUCGAUGACGCAGUGGUACUCUCGCGCAGUGUUCCAGGAGCGAGGGCAGGAGAUCGUGGACGGGCUCAAGUCGUGCCUGCUCGACUCGCUCAAGCAGUACCUGCGAGUCAACGGGGUGCUGCCCGAUAGGAUCAUCAUAUACAGGGACGGCGUCGGCGACGGUCAACUCAAGAUCAUCCAGAGCUACGAGAUCCCGCAGAUGCAGGUCUGCUUCACGGCCAUGGAGACCAGUUACAAGCCGUCGCUCACCUACAUCGUGGUGCAGAAGCGGAUCAACACGCGUAUCUUUGCGAAGACUCACGGAGGGUUCGAGAACCCGCCGCCUGGGACUGUGCUGGACCAUUCGGUUACGAGACGCGAUUGGUACGACUUCCUGAUCGCCUCGCAAAAGGUAAACCAGGGCACGGUCACCCCCACCCACUACGUGGUGGUGCACGACGACAGUGAGAUGACUCCCGACCAGUGUCAGCGGCUGACCUACAAGAUGUGCCACCUGUAUUACAACUGGCCGGGCACAGUGAGGGUCCCAGCUCCCUGCCAGUACGCGCAUAAGCUGGCCUUCCUAGUCGGUCAGAGCAUGCAUCAAGAGCCGUCGGAAAUGCUGGCGGAUAAGUUGUUCUUCUUGUGAGUUCAGAAAGUGUGCGAUAGAUGGCGCUGUUGCGAGAAAAGACUUUUGAGGUUAAAAUGGCGGCGCGUACGGUUUGUUCUGCUCAGUUGAUAGUUACCUAAAUUGUGGUAAUCGGUUGUUAUUGUGUCGUACCUAAGUUUAGGUAUAAUCUAAUUUUAAGGUAAGUUAAGUCAGAUAUUUGCGAUGGUAUACAUUAGUAUUGAUUACCUGCUACCGUAUCACCAUCUCCACUGUGCUCAACGUAGUAUUAUACUUGCUGUAUGGCACAUCCAAUACAACUACACUUUGUAAAAUGAAGCAUGAGCACUAUGACAUCUGUCAAAUCUAUGCAUUUUAUUUGUCAUUAGAUUGGUCGAUUUUGAACGUGAGAUGUUGAUGCGAUAGCUGACUGAGCAAUUAUCACUUUUUUUUUUAUAAAUUUCAUUUUUUAAGUAUAAAAGUAAAAGUGACCUUUCUGUAUUAAUUUAAGUUUCCUAUCGUGAUAAUUGCUUUUAAUAAAGUGAUUUUAUGGUGUUCAAAUUGAAUAGUUUUAUGGUUCUGUUAUAGUUGAUCGUUAUUAGUGAUAGAUUAUUUAAAUUAAACUUUACGUGAUUUAGUCGCUAGUAAUAUUAACGUAAGAAAAAUCCACCAGAGGCAUACCACAAAAUGUAACGACCCCUCUUUCAAGACUUCCUCUUUUUUUUAUUUGGGUGGGGUGUCCUAACUAUCCCUGUCAAUGGCCUCCUCAUUCCAGUUCAUACAAAAUGCAUCCAGGUCAUCCCGCCAUAUUCUUCUGGGUCUGCCCUUGCGCCUGUGGCCGUUAUCGGGUAUUCUAUUCUCUGUGGGGGUGUAAGUACCUGCACCUGGCUCUCUCGAAUGGAACGUUUGUGCCUAUCCCCAAGGUCUAAACUGCCUUUCUAAUCUUGGACCAUUUCCCACCACACUGGUUCACUGUCGGUUGGUUGGUUCACAUACCUAGCUGUGCUAAAUUUAGACAUGCAGGUAUCCUCACGAUGUUUUCCUUCACCGUGAAAGCGAUGGUAUACAUUGUACUUAAAUUCAAAGAACUCAUUAGUAAAUGUCAGCGCCGGGAUUCGAACUCGCAUCUCUGGCGUGAGAAGCGGGCGCUUACCCUACUGAGCUACCACCGCUCCGGGUAUUCAUUCUUUGGCAUUUUAGCACACCUACCUUUGGUCUUAAUUUAAAUAAUAUACGUUGCUCAUAAAUUAUAAUAUAGCACUGAGUUACUGCAGAGAUUCCGCCAUUAUUUUAAAGAUAUGGCCUUAUUAUUUUUUGAUAAUUGUGUGCUGUUUAAUUUAACUUGAAGAAAAUUAUUUUAGUUUAUUUUAAAUUGAUUCGUAAAAAAUGACUACCACCGAGAACAAAUUGACCAAAUUGAUUGAUAAAUUAAGACAUUCUUUGAUAUUUCUAGUUUUUAUACUCUUAAGAUAGUUUAGGGACAAUUUUGCGCGAUGCUUUCCAAAGCACAAUUUAUUUUCCUAUAUUGUUUGUUUGUAAUUUAAGUAUUAGCUAUAGAAUUCAAGCCAUGAGAGAGAAUAUUAUUGUUAUUUAGGUAUAGACUGAUACAUUAUCAAAUUGCUAUAUUAGUUAUAAGUUAGUUUAUUAAAUUUGCUAGAUAAAGUCACUAGGAUUUGUUUAUUUCUAAGUUAAAUUAGUGGUGCUAAUAAUUGUCCGAUAUCAACUGAAAAUACCCUCAUAAUAUAUUUCAAUGUACGAAGAAGACAUUCCACGUAUGAUAGCUUAAAAAUCUGAAAAUGACAUGAAACAAACCCAUUAUUGUUCAUUUAUUCGUCAUUUAUAAUGCCCGUGUAGAGCAUACAUACAAGACAUACAAUACCUAUGUAUCUAUCUCAAUAACUUUUGGGGUUUGGACAGGUCUCAAAGAAGAAGUUACUUGCGAUGACCUCUAUCGACGAAAAAAAAUGUCAUGUCGGCUGAUGUGCCCGACCCUGUAUAAACGGUGCUCUAAUAAAAAAAACCAGUAAUAAUGCAGUGAUGAAAAUCUCGAUGCUGUUUACGACCUCUAUAGAGCUUCCACUAUGUUAUUGCAUUUUUGAUGUUUCCUUAUGUCAUGUAAGUAAAGUUGGUUUUCCUUUGCAGUCAUCAAAUAUGUAUGGGAUUUUGAUUGUCAAAAAACCAAUAAUAUAAUGGACAGAGUAUGACGUGUAAAACAUUUUGAUUUUAGUACACAUUGAAAGGCAUAAAAAAUAAGAAUCUCAUGCGGUAUGAUUAAUAUGAAAGACAUACCUAAAGCUACGAGAUAACAUUAUGUGUAAAGUAUAAUUUCAUAUUGCAUUUGUCUACAUUAAAAAUUCAUCGAAUUUAGAUAAACAUGUGGAAUGUAAUCUACCUCAGUAUUUUUACUUUUUUACUGAGCUGUUAGUGAUCCUAAUGUAAAUAAUAAUAGGUAACUACCAUGGAAGUAAUAAGUACCUGUUACUUCCAUGGUACCUACCUCCUAUUUACGUGCACCUAAAAUAA